AUGUCGGCCAAGAUUCUUUUGCACUAUAAAGGUUGCGACGACAAAGGGAAAAGGAAUAAUGGUAACUUACUAUUAUUAUUAAUUGCCUACUUUGAAGACCGUGAGACUGGAAGAUUGUUUAUGGAAAGAAGAGCAAAAGGGAAAGUUGUUAUUGAAAUUCGACCUUUUAUACCAGACUCGUACCAGAUCACUCUUGUAUUUCUAUUUGGCCAAUCGAACAAACUUUUCCAAUCGAGUAAAACCCAGGAUCUAAUCAAAUCCACAAAGGCUUUCUUGCAUAACACCCAAUGUUACACGAGCAUAAUGCUAAUGUUGCCUUUGGCUAUGGUUCAGACGAAUAUAGAGCUUCGGGCAACUUCGGUGUUAUAUCAACGAGUUUAUACCACCGUAGAACUUGCAAAUAUGAUCUGA